CUGGGUGCCGUGUACGGGACCGAAAUGGAGAACUCCUCGAUAAGCUAUGAUUACGAGGACUAUAGCCCGGGUCCUGACCUGCCUGUAGACUGUGGGCCUGGCGGCUCCUGUGGCUCCGUGAACCCUCUCCAGGUAUCUCCUCUGUUGCUUUAUGCUGUAGUUUUCCUAGUGGGAGUGCCAGGAAAUGCCAUCGUGGCCUGGGUGACUGGGGCCAUAGCGCAUCGGUCAGCUCCCUCCAUCUGGUUCUUGAACCUGGCCGUAGCUGACCUGCUCUGCUGCCUGUCCCUGCCCCUGAUGGCCGUGCCAGUCAUCCUCAAAGGCGCCUGGCCCUUUGGCUUGGCCGCCUGCCGCCUUCUGCCCUCGGCCAUCCUGUUCAACAUGUAUGCCAGUGUCCUGCUCUUGGCCGGCGCCAGCAUCUGCCGGUGCCUGGCCGUGUUUUGGCCAGGGAGGGCCUGGGACCGCCUGUGGCCGGUGUGGGCAGGCUGCGGGGUCGCCUGGGCCCUGGCGCUGCUGCUCACUGUCCCCUCCGUGCUGACCCGACGACUUCACCAGGAAUUCUUCCCGAAGCGAUACGAGUGUGUCGUGGACUACGGCCCGUCCCACAAGGUGGAGUGGGCCGUGGCUGGCAUCCGCUUCGUGGGCGGCUUUCUCGUGCCCCUGGGGAUCGUGGCCGGCUGCCACGUAGCCCUGCUGGCUCACCUGAGGGGGCGGCCGGAGCCCCGGGCCCUGCACCUGUUGACCCUGGCCGUGGUCGGCUUCUUCCUGUGUUGGGGACCUUACCACGUGGUGGGGCUGACGAUAGCCGCCGCGGCCCCUCAUUCGGAGCUCCUGGCCAGCGUCCUGCAGGCCGAGGCUCUCGUUAUAGGCUUGGCCUUGGCCAAUAGCUGUCUCAACCCCAUGCUGUUCCUGCUCUUAGGCCGGACUCAGCUCAGGAAGUCCCUCUGGGCUGCCUGCCGCCUGGCUCUGGGAGAGGAUGCCGAAGGGGAGGGAGCGGACGGGCCCAGCAGCAAAAAGUCCACCAGCGAAGGACAGGUCUCCGACACCGUCUAGAUGGAGGAGGAGCAGGGUUCGAGGCUUGGCUCUACGGCCAGGGACCGUGGCCAAGUUCCCACAGCCUCUCGGGUUGGCCGUCUCUCAAUGGAGGGUCUGGACAGAGUCACCAAGCGGCCCCCGAGGCCCGGCCCAGGACCGAGAGGAGGGACCCGGGCGUACAAAAAUGCAAAUAUUCUUCUAGGUUAGCCCUUUCUGUUGUAGCAGAGAAGUCGUCAUUCGACCCGACUUUAUCCCUUUCGGUUCUCUUCGACGAGUACAAAGGACAACAAUGGCGGAAGGGGACGGCUGAACCACUCGUGUGGAUCGCAGGAAGGCGACGGGGAUCGACUGCACUAUAAGAAAGGGAGGAACGUGGCGGGAGAGUCUUUUAUGACUGACACCGAGCGAAGCGAGCAGAGCCAGAAGAACAAAUCGCCGAAUGCCCAGAAGGGCGGUGGGAGAGGGCGACAGAGCUCUGACCAAAGCGGGGUCCGAGGGUGCCUUCGAAGGGCUGCUAAAGAAACGACUCUCACCGGGCUCGCCUGUGAUUGGCAUCGGGCUCGCCUGUGAUUGGCAUCCGGCUCGGAAUAUUGGCCCCUUUUGCCCCUUCCGCCUCUCAGUGAUGUAAUAUUUUACUCCUUGAGUAGAAGUUGGCUGCAAAUGGUUAUUAAACCAGUCUAGGUGGUUGUCCUGAUAUUCCAUAUUAACUUUUCAAUAAAACAUCUCA